AUGGACCUGCUGCGCGGCAUCGGCGGGGGAGGGGACGAGCAGGAGCAGAGGCCGCAGCGCUUCGAUUUGGAGACGGAGACGGAGGAGGAGGUGGAGCUUAGCCUCGGGCUGUCGCUCGGCGGCCGGUUCGGGCCGGACAGGACCCGGCUCCCGAGGUCGUCGUCGGUCGCCUGCAUCCUGGCGCCGGAGGAGGCGCCGCCCGCUGCGCUCCCCAGGACCAGCUCGCUGCCGACCAUGGCGGAUGCGGACGCCGGGGGUAAGCUGGGCACGGGUGGCUCCAACGCUGCCCGCGCGGACGGCGCCGAGGUGGAGCCCUCGGCAGCCGUCGCGGUGGAGCACUCGGCGACCAUGCAGGUGAGCGCCGUCGCGGUGGAGCCCUCGGCUACCCAUGCCCAGCAGGGGAGCGCCGUCGAGGUGGAGUCCUCGGCCACCCACCAGGUAAGCGCCGUCGCGGUGGAGCACUCGGCUACCCAUGCCCAGCAGGGGAGCGCCGUCGAGGUGGAGUCCUCGGCCACCCAGCAGGUAAGCGCCGUCGCGGUGGAUCCAUCGGCCACCCAGCAGGGGAGCGCCGUCGCGGUGGGGCCGGCGGCAAAGCUGCCGGCGACCGGGAGCCCGUCCACGGGCUCGUCGGACGGCGAAGGGAAAGGACAUGAAGGGAAUACUGCAGACGUCCUUCCAAGGACAAGUUCACUCCCUGCUGGCAUUGAGGAUGAAUGGAGGAAGAGAAAGGAAGCCCAAACUCUGAAAAGGCUCGAGGUGAAGAGGAAGAGGAUCGAGCGAAGGAACUCCACCAACGUUUCUGCAGAGGCAGUUGGACAGAUACUAGAAGAGAUGAAUGCAACUGCAAGAGCUGACAGAGUAGAAAGUUCUGAUGAUCCUUCAAUGAUGAAUAAGCAGACAGAAGGAAAUGAAAACCAUGGCAAAGUCAGGCGUCGCUCGAGUGGGCUUCCUCCAACAUAUCAGGCUACGGUUGCAUCACAAGGUAGCUGCUUGCCAGGGAAGCUGAAAAGGCAUAAUUCAGCUAUGAAAGGAACUCCUAGCGCUGAAGAGCAGAGCCUGUCACCAGCUGUUCCUCCCUCCUCUGAGGGUACAAAAGGCAUGCUCCCAGCCGAGAGUGCAAACAACACCGUCAUGGCAGCACCUUCGUCUUCAGCAUUGGCAGUGAGAGCAGCGGCACUUGGUUCUAGGGGAGAACAUCAACCUGCUUCCGGAAGACUUGCAGCAAGAGCCAGGAGCAUGGGAGACGUGGAGAGGGUGAUGAUGCAGGAGAUGCCGUGCGUGUGCACCAAGGGACUCCCCAACGGCAGGAAGAUUGAAGGCUUCCUGUACAAGUACAGGAGAGCUGAAGAGGUGAGGAUCGUGUGCGUGUGCCAUGGAAGCUUCCUGACUCCAGCAGAAUUUGUGAAGCAUGCUGGUGGCGGCGAAGUCGCCAACCCGCUGAGGCACAUCGUCGUCAACCCCGUUGCCCAUUCGUUAUCUUAGACCGCUGCAUGUGGAGCGCGCAAGUGUUCUGUGUGUAGCUUCAGCCGUAAGCUUAGCUUCAAACCGAAUCUCAUCGUUUAUGUUACAGACUUACAAUACAGUGUGUGUUAUCUUAAAAAACAUAGUGGGAAUAGCUCCUAAGGACAACUAAAUAGUAACAUGACAGAUUGAUCAUUGUUGGGCGGUUC